AUGCAUGGGGGAUAUGGUCACUCGUGUAACCAGGAGAUGACCAAGGUAGAGGGGGACCACUGGUGGGUGGGGCUUCAUACGUAUGAGAACGAUGGCCGUUUCCACUGGUCAGACCACUCUGUGCUCAACUAUGUGUCCUGGGCACUCGGCAGGCCACACCCACUCAGCCGCGACCGCAAGUGUGUCCACAUGUCAGUCAGCAAAGCGGAGUGGGCAGAUCAGAAAUGCCACUCAGACCUGCCCUACGUCUGUAAGAGAGUGAAUGUCACAGGCACCAUCCCACCCACACCCUCCACCCCCCUGCCCCCCAUGGGCUGCCCCAAUGGCUGGAGCCCCUUCCUGCACAAGUGUUAUAAGGUGUUUGGUCAUGAGGAGAACCAGAAGGCCAUAUGGUCAGGAGCCAGGCUCAUGUGUGAGUUUCAAGGAGGAGCCUUGGCUGUGGUGCCCAAUCACGUGGAGCAAGCCUUUGUCACAACUCUGUUGUCCAAUGUGAGUUUUGACCUGUGGUUGGGGUUGACGUCUGACUCUAAAGGCCACUUCCAGUGGGCUCGUCCUGGACUCCUCAGCUACACCAACUGGGCCUCUGGAGAACCCCUGGACAACAGUGGACCACUCCACAACAAGACUCCGGGGAACUGUGUGGUGAUGAUCCAUGGGAACCCAACAAAAAAUACGGGCAUGUGGGCAUCCCGGGCCUGUAAGAUGGAGAACCAUGGCUACAUCUGCCAGAAGAAACAAGACCCAGCUCUGCCCCCUGGCGCUGCCCUCCUGCCCUCCUCCCUGUCCGGAGCCCUGGACCUGGGUGGGGUGUCGUACCGCAUAGUGAAGAAGCGCCUGGACUGGAUGGGGGCGCUGCAUGUGUGCGAGUCUCUGAACGGGACGUUGGCUUCAGUGAGAGACUCCUACCAACAGGCUUACCUCACCCUGCUGAUGAACAGCCUACACCUCCCAGCAUGGAUAGGCCUUUACAACUAUGGGGGACGGAGCUUCAGCUGGUUGGGCGAGGAGGACCUGAUUUACACUGCCUGGCGGGAUGGGGAGCCUAAUACACUGUCUGGAUGUGGUCACAUGACCACGGUGGGGCAGUGGACUAUGACCCCCUGUGAAGCUAAACUGGACGCUGCCAUCUGUCAGAUUAAUACAGAGGAGGCUGUGGUGCACAAGUGGAGUUUCCCAGGACAGUGCCCUCACUCUCUGGGCGACUGGGCCUGGGUGCCUUUCAGGAACCACUGCUACUCCUUCAACCUGCAGAACCUCCGGCUGCAGACCGACGCCCACUCCUCCUGCAGGAAGGGUAAGGAGGACACUCUGUCAACUGCCAAUGCCCUUAGUCAGCCAGACACUCCUUAGUCUUUUUACAUGCAC